UCAAUUUUGAUUAUCACAGCAACUAUAUAGUAACCUGCACAAUCAUCAUCAGAUCGCUGAAUCGCGCAGCCAGAGAACUCCAAAAUGGCGGGCGGUACGAUUCCCCGGCUAGGGAAGUGGUUCUGGAACGAUGACCUCUGGCUACCUCCUAACAUGACGUGGGAAGACGUCGUCGGCAGAGGAGACGGAGCCAAGCACGCCCGAUGCGAAGAUCUCUAUUACGGUGUCCUCCUAGCGAUCUUGCUCCUGGUCAUCCGAUACACGCUCGAAAAAACAGCGUUUCGCCCACUCGGAGUAUGGCUAGGCAUUAAAGACCGCGGUGCAAACCACCGUCGCCCUCAAGAAGAUCACGUCUUCAUGAACAGAUUCACCGCAAACCGUUGUACGAUGACCCAGGAGCAGGCGCGCCUCCUAGCCACGGAACUCCACGUCACAGAGCGAUGCGUUCAACUCUGGGUCCACCACCGGAACACGCAAGAAAAGAAACUGGCCAGAUUCGCCGAGACCGCGUGGAGGUUCCUCUUUUACGCGCACAUCUUCUGCUACGGCCUCUACGUCCUCUGGGACAAGCCCUGGCUGUGGGACACGAUGCACUGCUGGUACGACUUUCCCAACCAUCCCGUGGCCGACGGGAUCUGGUGGUACUACAUGAUCCAGCUGGGCUUCUACACGUCCUGCACGGCGUCCCACUUCGUGAGUACCAAGCGCCGGGACUUCUGGACCAUGUUCGCCCACCACGUCGUCACCAUCACCCUGCUCUGCCUCUCGUGGAGUUGCAACCUUCACCGCGUCGGCUCCUUGGUCCUCAUCGUCCACGACUUCGCGGAUGUGCCACUCGAGGUCGCCAGGAUGGCGAGGUAUGUCGAUCGCCAGCGUGUCGCGGACGCAACCUUCUUCCUCUUCACCAUCUCUUGGUUGGUGUCCCGUCUGGGAUUGUACCCGUACCGAGUGGUCUACAGCGCCGUCUUCGAAGCGGUGACCGUUGUGGGGAUGUCUUCCGCCUACCACGUCUUCUGCUCCCUCUUGCUGGCUCUGCAAUUCAUGCACGUCUUCUGGACGUGGAUGAUAAUUCAAGCCGCCAUGCAAGCCAUCAGGGACAGAGGAAUCAAGACACUGGGUAGCGAUGACGAAUCCAGUGAGGACGAAGACCUUACAAACCCAAGGGAGGCCUACCAGACCGGAGACAACAAAGAGCGCGAGGCCAAAACAGAAAAGGUGGAUUGAUUGGGCUUCGACAACCACGGCAGUGCUUGAGUGUGUGGCUGCGAUCGCUUCUUCGUUGUUGACAAACUAGGAUAAUUAAUCAGGGAGACACGGAAGA